AUGGCCAAAAUUUUACGAGGCAAUACAUGUAUCGAGUUCUACUCCUUUACUCGCAAGUGCAGUGGAGGAUUCAGGCUGGACCUGCAAUCCUUCGGCCCCGCAGAACCGAAGAUUUGCAUGCGCUAA